UAUCUUGCAGGCUCAUUUCUGCCAACUGCCCUUGUGUUUUCCCCUGGACUCGUGCCCUGGACGGUGGAAGCGAUCGACGGUGACGGGUUCCCAGUAUUCCCCGGCGCGAGCCCUACUGCCCUAGGGGAAAGUGCCCGAGAUGGCCUGAAGGAUGUUCCUUCCACCUCAUCCCAGCGAUCCCCAUACUGC